AAGGGUAUAUUUCCGAUAUUUGAUUGAUAAUUCCGCGGUCACACUAGUUCUAUACAAAACUUGCAAGUACCGGUAGGCUUAAAUAAUAAACAUACGUAUUACAAAAAAAAACUGUAACUGCUCGUGAAAAUGUCGGGUCGCGGAAAUUUGCUUAAUUUAUUUAGUAAAAGAACUCGCUCUUCGGAAAUUUCUUCAUCGAGUGAAGAUCAUGAAAAUGACAGCGGGUUUGAUGUUGAGCACUCUGCUUCAAGUGGAGAAAUUCAUCGACAUUCUCAGGAGAGUAUCGGAAGCGAUUUAUUAAAAACUGUUCAAAACUUAGGCAUAUCCGUCGGUCGUGGACGAGCACAGUUAAUACAACAUUUUAAAAGUAAUGAAACUAAAUUGGGAGGAAGUAAUGAUGCGACUUCUUGCUCCAUUCAUUCGAAAGACACAAAUAAUGACGACGAAUCCACCUCUAGCUUGGAAAAUAUGAAACUAAACAACUUUGGAACGAACGUAGUUCAUGGAUCUAAAGGUUCCUCUGUUAUGUUAUCAUGUAACUACAUUGAACUAAAAACUGACGAAAAUAAAGGAGUGUAUCAUUAUGAAGUUAGAUUUCUCCCCGCUGUGGAUUCGGUUCAUUUAAGAGUUAAAUAUUUAAAUGAACAUAUGGAUAAGCUCGGAGGAACAAAAACUUUCGAUGGCAAUACUUUGUAUUUACCAAUUUUGUUAGAAAACCAGAUGACCGUUUUUGUAUCCAAAACCAUGGAUACGGAGGUAGAGAUACGGAUUUUGUUUAAAAAAAAGGAGCCUUACAAGAAUUGCUUACACUUGUAUAACAUUUUAUUUGAUCGUAUUAUGAAAACAUUAAAUUAUGUUAGAUUCGAUCGAAAGCAGUACGAUCCCACACGUCCCAAAGUUAUCCCGCUGGCAAAGUUAGAAGUUUGGCCGGGAUAUGUAACAGCUGUUGAUGAAUUGGAAGGAGGCUUAAUGCUCUGCUGUGACGUAUCUCAUCGUAUUCUUUGUCAGAAAACCGUCUUGGAUAUGCUAAUCGAAAUAUACCAACAAAACUCAAGCAGUUAUCAAGAACUUGCUAAAAAAACCUUAAUUGGAAAUAUUGUUUUAACAAGAUAUAAUAAUCGCACUUAUAAAAUAAGCGAAGUUUGUUUCGAUCAAAGUCCUCAAUCUGUAUUUCACAGAAAAAACGAACCUACGAGUUACUUGCAAUAUUAUAAGCAAUACCAUAAUAUAAACAUUAAAGACAUUAAUCAACCAUUACUUGUGAGCAUAAAAAAGGUACGAGGAACUCCAGAGGAUGCAGAAAACAUAGAAUUUCGCUUAAUUCCUGAACUCUGUUAUCUCACAGGGCUUCGUGAUGAAGUUCGCUCUGAUAAUAAACUUAUGCGUGAAAUCGCUACGUAUACAAGAGUCUCUCCAAAUCAAAGGAAACUAGCACUCGACAAGUUCUAUGAUAAUGUUACGAACACUCCAGCGGCACGAGAAAUUCUUGACCGUUGGGGACUCGCGCUUUCUAGAAACUACAACAAUCUGAAAGGGCGUCAGUUUGAUCCGGAACAAAUUUACUUUGCCAAAAAAGCUGUUUCAGCCGGACAAAAUGCUGAGUUUUGCAAAGAUGCUGUUAAAAGUGAAAUGCUAGAAGCCAUUCACCUGAACAAUUGGAUAAUAAUACAUUUUAAAAAUGAUUUUCGAGCCGCUAUGUCGUUACUGGAUAACAUGAAACAGUGUUGCCGGCCACUCGGAAUGAAUAUUUCUAAACCAACGAUAAUUUCAUUAGAUCAAGAUCGUAUUGAUGCUUUUAUCGACGCUUUACGUCGGAAUAUCUCAAAAGAAACACAAAUUGUUGUCUGUAUAUGCCCGAAUAGUAGAGAUGAUCGAUAUGCUGCCAUAAAAAAGAUUUGCUGCUCAGAGUUACCUGUACCAUCACAGGUUAUAAAUGCAAGGACAUUAGCUAAUGAGCAAAAAAAUCGAUCUGUUGUCCAGAAAGUUGUAUUACAAAUGAACUGCAAAAUGGGAGGUUCCUUAUGGACAGUUAAAAUUCCAUUUAAAAAUGUAAUGAUUUGUGGUAUUGAUUCGUAUCACGACCCUUCUAAUAAGGGAAAUUCUGUUGCCGCUUUUGUUGCAUCUCUUAACGCUUCAUAUACACAAUGGUAUAGCAAAGCUGUCGUACAAACAAAGAAUGAGGAAAUUGUUAAUGGCUUAACAUCAUCCUUUGAAGCGGCUCUGAAAAUAUAUGAAAAGCGAAAUGGCUGUCGUCCAGAUAACGUAAUUAUUUACAGAGAUGGCGUUGGUGAUGGUCAACUCAGUACGUGCUCUAGAUACGAAAUUCCGCAAUUUGCAGCUGUUGGUGGUCGUAUAAAAAUUACAUUUAUCGUAGUUCAAAAGCGCAUUAAUACUCGUAUUUUUUCGGAAAGUGGAAAUCAAUUUGACAAUCCUUUGCCCGGAACCUUAGUAGAUAAACACAUAACUAGAGCGCAUAUGUAUGAUUUCUUCUUGGUUUCCCAAAUGGUUCGACAGGGUACAGUCACCCCAACUCAUUUUGUCGUAUUACAAGAUGAUGCUAAAUAUGGACCGGAUAUAAUUCAAAAACUAAGCUAUAAGCUGUGUUUCUUAUAUUAUAAUUGGCCCGGAACUGUCAGGAUUCCGGCGUGUUGUAUGUAUGCUCAUAAGUUGGCGUACCUAGUUGGACAAAGUAUUCAGAGGAAUGUGGCAGAUACCUUAUCGGAGAAACUGUUUUAUUUAUAAAUGGUCGAAUACGUUAAAAAUUAAUAAUUAAAAUAUUGUUAUAAUUAAUAUUAGUCAUAUAGGAAGUGUGGAAGGCACGUGUUUGCUCGCUUGAACCAUAACUGGUGUCGCUCUUAAUUUCUCAAGCCGCUUUGCAGCUUCUAUAUUUUUCAUUUAAACUGUCAAUGCUGUUGGCUAUUUUGUAAAGCACCUAAUGGCAUAAAGUCUAUGCUUCUAAUACACUACUCAACGAAAUCGAACUUUUUUUUCCUAAAAAAACCUUACCAACUUCUUUGAAAGAAUUAUGGUUUUUGUUUUCAAUGCAGAACUUUGUUUUAAAGAAUUAAAAACAAACGUUUUUUUUUUGUUUAUUCUGUUUUCAGUCAAAAUGUACAAAAUUUCACACAAUAAUCAUAAUCUUAGCCAAAAACACAAAGUGUUUGGAUACGCUACCUUAAUUAAAAAAAAAAAAUUCUGCCAUAGAAAAACAAAAUAAUUUCGGACCAUUUCUAAGCUCCAUUCCUUUCCGAAAAAGUUUGUGUGGUUCCUCGAGAAAAAAUCGUGUCCUUUCGACACGAUACGAUACGCCUCGUAUUUUGACAAUCAUGGGUCUCAAUCUCUAUAGAUCUGUCUACGAGAUUAAAAUAAUAUUUUUUUAAUUUAAGUGACCAUCUCGCUAUUUAGCUCUUUUUUGUUUAAAUAAAUAAAUUACAGUCGGUGACUAUGUCGAAUUUAA